AUUUUAAUCUUUUUAUUAGUGCAUAUGAGUUUUACACAGUAAUGGGUUUUAUUUUGGUACUGUUAUUUGCAUAUAAACAGUGAUCAUUUCUGUCCUCGCAAGACCUCUUUUGCCCUUCCUCUCCCUGAUUCCUUUCCUUUUCUCUGUCACUUUUACACAUUUCUCAGUAAAUAUACUAUACUUAAGUGAUCAAAAAUAUGUAAAAAAGAAAUGUAGAGUAACAGUUGCGAAGAGAACAAGUUGUAUGUAGAAUGGUGGUAGCACCACUGAAAAUAUUAGUUAGCCCUAAGUUAGUUGAACAAAUAUUCUAGGAAAUCUGGAUUGAAUAGCAACUCUGUUUACUAUGACAGGCUUUAUUUGUCUUGGAUGCAACCAACACCACAUGCUGUUGUUCUGUCAUGUUGCAAAUACUGAAGCAGAUUUCCAUUGUGAAUGUGAGGGUUUUUUAAAGCCUUAACACCUCAGUUUCAACUCAGCUAAGUAAAAGCAGUAAGUUUUCUUUUCAUUCUCAGCCAGACAUCAAUAAAUCUUCAGUCGCUCCACCAAAAGCGUGUAGCUAUAGUUCACUGUGUUGUUACAGUUGUAGGUCACUACCACAGAUAGAAGGCCUGAUUUCUAAAGGCUGGAUUUCUGCCCUUAAUAAGGCCAAUUUUUAAGGGUUUUUUCUUCCAUGUACAGUACAAUUUCUUUGAACAACAUCCUAGGAUGGUGUGCCAGUAGCAUUACUUUCUGGGUGCAAUACCACAUAUCAUAUAGAAAUUUCUAUAUAUAUCAUAAAUAUGGUUAACAUUCUCCCUACCACAACCACCUUCCUUUUCAUGCUGUUUGGACAAAGCUGUGUUUAGAAGCUCCCACCAUGCUCACCUCUUGGAAUUUUCUUUGUUUUGUUUUGUUUUGUUGAUUCUGCUAAUUUUUACAGAAAAAUUUAGAUUCCAGGGUUUGACACGUAGUUGAGACUACCACAGAAUGUUGUGAAAUUGUUCAGGUCACUUCCUACCUUGGAGGAAGUUUGGAUAGCAGACCCUUGUAAAAUUCUUACCACAUUCCUUUUUACACGUUGUUAGGAUCAGUUAGAAGGGAUAUCUGAGUGGAAGCGGAAGAGUAAGGGCUUGAAAGUGAAGUGAAGAUCAUUGUUUUAAUGAUCAGUAGCAGAUCUUUUUGUUCUGUCGGCCCUACUGUAGUUUGAUACGGGUGGGUGGUUUUCUCUAAAGUCAAAUCAUUUUGUUUGAAAUGAGUUUAAAGCUAAUCUUGCAUGAGGAGCCUGGUUGCCAGUGAAGAUUAACAUUUAAUUAAUGUUGUCAUGCUCUGUGGAACACAGCAGGGAGAGGCAGCAUGGUGGCAGUGAAGAGGUUAAAACCAGCUACAGUGCCCCAACCCCAAAUCUUGUGGACACCCUAAGGAGCAUUAAGCAUAUAACCUUUACAUAGUGACUUUAUAAGCAUAUAACCUUUACAUAGUGACUUCUCUAUACACGAAUAAUUGAACAGGGUUAAAGGUGAAAUUUCAGAGGGUGGGAAAGGCUCACUGCAAUAUUUUUAACAUUCAAACAAGUAUUUAAACACUUACAAUAUGCCAGUUGUGAGUACUUAGAGAUAUAGGAGUGAACAAAUGCUUGCUAUUAUAGAAUUAACAUUAUAGUAGAAGGGACAUAAAUAAUGUUAGAUUGUAAAAGGCAAGAGAAGGCAGCAUGGUAAUGCGGUCACUAGGGCCUCUCCAUAAGAAGUGACAUGAAAUCCGGCCAAACGAGAAGCUACUUCCAUGCUUUUCAGGCAGAGGGAGAGGAAAUGAAGAUUCUGACAAAGAAAUGAUCUUCACAGACUAAAGAGAGAAUAUUCUGCAGCUGAAAUUUGCCAAAGUAAGGGAGAGAAAAGUGAUAAAUAAAGUUUGAGAGUGAGAGUAAAGCAAAGUGAAGAAAUCUUGAUCCCAGGAAUGAGUUCAUUUUAGGAAUAUUGAUAAAUGAUAGAGCCAACAGUGCACAUGUUUUUCAAAAUGAAGUUAUAAUAUUUGUAGUUUUAAAAACAAAGCUAGAGGCUCAGAAGAAUAGGUGGGAAUAAUAGGGUGUCUUGUGUCAAACACAGUAACAGGAUGAGGGAGCUUCAGUAGCAGCAUGUUUGACAUGCUGCUGUUAAGCUGUUCUCACUGGAAUUUCUCCACUAGAAACAUUAGUACAUUUAUGUAUGAAGUUCUUGAAAGGUAUGGCAGUCUCCUUUUAAAAUACUUCUUUAGGAAUUGAGCAGAGGUAUUUGUAUCUGACAAGUUAACUUGAUUCACCACCACUGUACUUCCUCUAACUAUAGCAUAGUAUUUUCCCAUCUCUUACAGUAGAAGAGUAGUAGAUCUCAUAAGAGAUAACCUGUACAUUCAGUUGGGGACUUUUGCCAUUUAAUUAUUUACUGUGAUGAUUGUGACUAGAUAGAUGUCUUUGAGUGUUUGCCAGUAAGAUAAACCUUCACUUUUGUCAUCAUCAGGAUACUGCAAGAGAAAUUUAGUUUUUGCUAUGGCUUAUGCAGUCAUUGGUAGGACUUUUUCAGAAGUGUCUUGAUAUAGAAUGUGUGACACUGGAAUUGAUUGAUGGUACAAAAUCAAAGGCACUAGGAUUAAGGAUAAGAGUGCUCGCCACCCUAAGUAGCCUGGCUAAAAUAUAAGGGAUAAAAAGAACUGUGGUCAUUCCUUGCUUGCUUUGCUAUCCUUUUCCUGCUGUGAACAGUUUGUUCUCUGCAGUGCCCCUCUGCCACGCCACCCUGCCCUGGAGCCAGCUGACUAUGAAUUGAAACCUCUACAAACUAAUUAAGAUGCUCCGGUUUCAAGGAAAUAGCAUGCAGCUUGCCAAAUCCUCCUUUGGACUCUUCUUGAGAAAUCUCUCUGUGUCUAAGACAGCUCUUCCUGUGCUGACCUUGUUCACAAAGGAUCCAUGCCCGCUUUGUGAUGAAGCUAAAGAACUACUCAAGCCUUAUAAAAACAGGUUUGUUUUACAGGAGGUGGACAUCACCCUUCCAGAAAACUCUGCUUGGUAUGAGAGGUAUCAAUUUGACAUUCCUGUCUUUCAUUUGAAUGGCCAGUUUCUCAUGAUGCAUCGAGUAAACAUCUCAAAACUUGAGAAACACCUCCUGAAACUUGAGCAGCAGGGUGCUGAAUGUUGACUCAUGCCUUCACGGUUUUCCACCCACUCUGUCCAUGAGGCACCUCCUGAAGAAAUGACCACGGCCUCCUACUCCUUUUGGCAGCUUCACAGAGCCCUGAGAAGUUCUCAACUCGGGGACACCACACAAAUACUGCCAUUCCUCUUCUGAUUAUUGGAAGUACCAUGUGGGAAUUGUGUGUUUAUGGGCCUUUUGUACAAUAUGACUGUCUUGGCAGAGAGGACGGUGACAGAGGGAGGGCAAAACCCAUUUAGUUAUGUUUCGCCUUUGUGUUAAUAUGGAAGCACCUCUCAUGAACAGGACAGUACUGUUCAUAGGAAGAAGGCUGUCCACACUCUCCUGAUGCCAUGGAGGGCUUAGCUUUUUAAUGAAAGAGUAACUGCUCUUCCACUCCAUAGAUAAAGUGAAACGUGAAAUGUUAAUAGCUGUACACAGUCAAUAAAGGAAUGUUUUAACGAA